GACUAGGAGGUCCUUCUUCCGCCAUCUUGAAUCCUGACGAGCAAAGCUUCCUGUUACGAGUCGAACAGAGUAAAGCUGAAUUCCUUGCCUUUCCACCAUGAUUCUCUUAGAAUUAGGCAACAGAGUAAUAGAGGACUUAAUCAGGGCGAAAUUUGCGGGUGGCAAGUUUGAGUCAGUCGACGUUACUGUGGCAGAUUUUGAUGGAGUUCAGUUUCAUGUAUCUAAUCCUAAUGGAGAGAAAUCAAAGAUUAUGGUCAGCAUCACCAUGAAAUUCUACAGAGAUCUCCAGCAACAUGGAGCAGAUGAGCUAAUGAAGAAGAUUUAUGGAGACUAUGUGACAACUUCUGAACAAGGCUAUGAUGUGUCAUUGCUCUUUGAUCUAGAAAACUUGCCUGCUGACAAUGAGAAAGAGGAAUUAAUCAAGAAAGUAGCCUUGAUGAAGAGGAACUGCUUUGCAUCAGCGUUUGUGAAAUACUUUGAUUAUCAAGCACAAGGAACGGGUGGAGAAAAACAUGCUAUUAUACAUUACAGAGAGGAUGAGACCUUGUACAUCCAGGCACAGGAAGACCGUGUGACUGUUGUAUUUAGUACUGUAUUCAAGGAUGACGAUGAUGUUAUCAUUGGCAAGGUUUUUAUGCAGGAAUUCAAAGAGGGUCGUCGUGCAAGUCAGACAGCACCUCAAGUCUUAUUUAGCCACAGAGAUCCCCCUAGAGAAUUGGCAGGCACUGAUGCCAAGACAGGCGAUAACAUUGCUUAUAUUACAUUUGUUCUUGAACCAAGACAUACCAACCCAAAAGCCAGAGAUAACACCAUCAACUUGAUCCAUACAUUCCGCAAUUAUCUGCAUUACCACAUCAAGUGCUCCAAGGCUUACCUUCAUUCUCGUAUGCGAGCACGUACAAGUGAAUUUAUCAAGGUGUUGAAUAGAGCCAAGCCAGAGAAGGUCACGGAAAAGAAGACUAUAUCGGGCAAGACAUUUGUUCGACAGUAAAACUAUUCACGGUCCUUUACGUCUUCUAUCUUGAAGGAACGAAAUUCCCCCUGAUAUUUUCCAAAAUUUUAUGACAGUUUAAUACAUUGUAAAGAAUUACUUCAAACUAAAACCCAGCUUGUAGCUAAAUAACAAUAGGAUUUUUCUUUGCCGUUAUUGAUUUGGUGAACGAAAACAACUGCUCCAUGUACUCGUAUCUUUUGUGAAAUAUUUCUGCAGCUAUUUUUUUAUAAGGUUAUAUUGGGUAUUGACACUUUUGAAAUUACAUAUAUCUUGGAUGCGAGGGGAAAUUUCAAAUGAAUACAAAUUCCAUUGAAAUAUUCUUGCAUUUUAGCUUUGCAUCCAAGAAAAUUUUAAAAGGGGUUUAUACUACCAAGACAAAUGAUAACUCAUAGUAUUGGAUAUUGGUGAUUUUAUUGUGAAAUGAUGUAGAUUUAUGACCAUCAUUAUCAAUAACAGUUUUUGUCGUAAUUCGUACUAUACCAGUAGAGAGAGCUCUCAGCAAUAUUGCGUUUAUUAAUUGAGAAAUAAAAUAUUUUGUUUACAUAAA